CAAUGCUGUGGAGACGGUAGUAGAACAGAGUUGAGUAGGUUGAAGGCAGUAAAAAACAUAACAAGUGUGAGGAAUUCAGGGGUUUCCAACAUGGCAUCAUGCGAUACCCUGUACAUCGAAACGGACGGCUCAGAGAUGCCAGCUGAGAUAGUGGAACUCCAUGAAAUCGAAGUGGAGACCAUAGAGACAACAGUUGUUGGAGAGGACGACGAUGAACAGCCCAUGAUCGCUUUACAGCCCCUUGACUCAGAUGAUCCACACUCAAUGCAUCACCAUCAUCAGGAGGUAAUAUUAGUGCAAACGAGAGAAGAGGUGGUUGGUGAAGAUGACUCGGACAUGCACGGGGACGAUGAUUACGAGGACCAAAUUCUUAUACCUCUCCCAGUCCCUGCCGCUGAAGAGGAAUAUAUCGAACAAACUCUGGUGACUGUCGCCGGGAAGAGUUCGGGGCGGAUGAAGAAGGGGGGAAGCGUGAAGAGAAAUAAAAAGAGUUACUUGGGUGCACCGGAGGCCAGUGGUAGAAAAUGGGAACAGAAACAAGUCCAGAUAAAGACUUUGGAAGGAGAGUUUUCGGUGACCAUGUGGGCAUCGGAUGACAAGAAGGAAAUUGACCAUGACACUAUGGUGGAGGAGCAUGUCAUCGGGGAGAGUUCCCCUCCCGAUUACUCCGAGUACAUGACAGGGAAGAAGCUCCCGCCUGGGGGCAUCCCAGGGAUUGACCUGUCAGACCCUAAACAACUGGCAGAGUUCGCCAGGAUGAAGCCACGGAAAAUAAAGGAGGACGACUCUCCCAGGACGAUAGCCUGCCCCCACAAAGGGUGCACUAAAAUGUUCAGGGAUAACUCGGCGAUGAGGAAGCAUUUGCACACCCACGGACCGCGUGUUCACGUCUGCGCCGAAUGUGGAAAGGCCUUUGUUGAAAGCUCUAAACUGAAGAGGCAUCAACUUGUUCAUACCGGAGAGAAGCCUUUCCAGUGCACGUUUGAGGGCUGCGGAAAGCGGUUCUCUUUGGACUUUAACUUACGCACGCACGUGCGGAUUCACACUGGAGACCGACCCUACGUCUGUCCGUUCGACGGCUGCAACAAGAAGUUUGCCCAAUCUACCAACCUCAAGUCUCACAUCCUCACACAUGCUAAAGCUAAAAACAAUCAGUGACUGUGAAUCAACCAACCACUGUGAGGAUACGCCCCCCCCCCCCCCCCCCCCCCAUAUCUUCCCCUCGGCGGCAGCACCUUGUGCCACCUAGGAGCUAGAAAAUGUACAGAGAAGAAAACAACAAACUCUAAAGAUGAUGCUUAACACCUACUCUGCCACCUUGGCACGAUCUCGAAAGAAAGGCAUAAUGUUUCUUCUUGUGAAGAUAGGAAGUUCUUGGACCUGCAACCGAAAAGACAAGUUAUUUAUACUGCAGUGCCCAAAGAGAAGGAAUUGACAUUUUAAAGUUAUGUUCUCCAUCAGCAUAGCAAAAUAAUUGCUUUUAAAUUUUGUAUGCUUUUUUUAAGUGUGCAUAUUGUACACUUUCUCUGGCUUAGUGGUAUUAUGCAUGUUUGUUUUCCCUGAGAAUUGAAAUCUAUGAUAGCUCUUCUUGGAGGAGAAUUUGCAGUUUAUUCUACUUCCCUGCUUUCCCCCCCAGUAAAUUGUUUAUUUGGGUGGGUAGGGGUGUUCUUUACAGAUUUACAUUUUGUAUAAUUGUAACGUACAGAUAUAUUGGAAUCGUGUAAAUAAUAGCAAUGUGAUUUAAGUAGUGUUUUUUUUUCCCACUGCACUGCCAGAGAGCAAAAACAUGUCAUAUCCAUCAAAUCCUUUCUGUUUAGUUGAACACACAAUACAACCAGAACUGGUGA